ACUGAUCAUGCCCAUCGGUAAUUUUUUUUAUGCACUAAUAAUUAGAGUGGGUGGCAUGUUGCCAUACUUUUUGUGCACACCACUGCUGUCCUGAAAUAUUUAACUCGAUACUUUUUUGUAUGCGCAAAUUUAUGCUCGAUUUGCACAAACAACUCCACGCACCAUUCUAUUUACUUUUUACACCAUGUCAUUGGCUGAACUCUACAACAGCAACAACCAUAGUCUCGGCGAUGACUCGGAAGACGACGAAUCCGAUGACGAGUUUGUGCCCGGCCUAGCCGACGACGACAAUAACGACGCAAGCGACAACGACAGCGACGAUGGCGAGCACAACGACCGUGCUGCUACAAACGACGACUCGGAAGAGGGCACUGCGGUUCCUCCUGAGGAAAUCGAGCAGCAAAAGCGCAAGAUCGACGAUAUCUGGCAAGAAAUGAAUUCGCCCACCACACACCAACAAAAGAUUACCCACGUGGAUUCCCAAGAAAUCAAAGAAGAGCCCAAUGAUUCUACAGCAGGUGUGGCUGAGGUUUCUUCGGCCGACAAAGCUGAAACAACAGCACAAAACGUGGUCGUGGUGGCAAGUGAUGGGUUGCGCAGGGCGCCGAAGCGGAAGGCAUCGCAGUUCAGCAGGAUGGCGGAGAUGGUCGAGCAGCGCAGGGCGAAGAAGGAGAAUACGCUGGAUAAAGCGCGUAGAGAGUGGACUGGGUUUGUGGAAAAUGAGGGAAUCCGCGAGGAUUUGGACAAGGCAAAUAAGGACGGCUAUGUCGAGCGACAAGAGUUUUUACGGCGCGUUGAUGAGCGCAGGUACGAAAAGUCCCGGGAGCAGAAGUAACAGUGAAAAAGCAUUCAUUCUUUGCGACUUUAGCUUGGAUAAUGAAUUAAUUAAAUGAUUAUGAUUACUCAAAUCGAUACAUGUGAGUGAGUUUCGAAUUUGGCACAGGAAAUUAAAGCACACUCUUCUCUUUUCGUAAUGCGCCAAAACAAAGAAAA